AUGCUGCGUCCGGAACUUCAGGACGCCGACAUCUUCGCUGACUCGGUGCGAACGAUCUCGACUACUCACGCUCGAGUAGCUAAGGCCUAUUUCGACGACGGGACGGUCUCGCUGGCGGUACCGCCCAUCCGGGCUCUGCUGGAAAUCAUGGUCAAUGGAGUUUGCUCGGAGGUACUUGCCUCCGACUGGUACGCCGAGCGUAUCGACGCCAAGCAGGCCGAAGCCGUGCGGCGCGCCGAGCGAGGAAUCGCCCACCUUGAGCAGUUCAUGGCUGAUCCGCGUAACGCGUCGCCUGCGAGGAAAUUGACGUCCAGGCCCCGUCUGGAUCAAGUCCGCAAGUUCCACGAUCGCGCCGUGACGGCUGAGUACCGCCAACAGUUGGUGGGCACUCUUGGUCGGCAGGUCAACUUCCGCUGA